UUUAAAAAAAUAAAUAAAUAAAAAUAAAAGAACAUUCUGCUUCUUAAGAACGUUAUGCAGACAGCCAGCUACCAGUAGGCUAAGAAAGGUACAACACCAUGCUCUUCUCAGGUUCUACCCAGCCCACCCUCUGGGCCCCCAAACAGACUGCUGAGAGAAAGGUAGUAGGAGUUGUUGCUUUUUGUUCUAACAGCAAGUUACGGUACACGUCAAAAAUCAAAAAGUGAGCUUAAAUGCGUGGAUGCAGCAUGUUCAAGGAGGUAUUUACCUGACGUUACCUUUGUCCUUUAGAACUCCAGUGGUAAACUAACUGACUUCCUGAGCUUCUACACACUCCCCUCCACAGUCAUGCACCACCCUGCGCACAAGAGCCUCAAGGCCGCCUACUCCUUCUACAACAUUCACACGGAGACGCCCCUGCUGGACCUCAUGAGUGAUGCGCUCAUUAUAGCCAAAUUGAAAGGAUUUGAUGUAUUCAAUGCACUAGAUUUGAUGGAAAAUAAGACCUUCUUGGAAAAACUCAAAUUCGGCAUAGGAGACGGCAAUUUGCAGUAUUACUUGUACAACUGGAGAUGUCCAGGAACAGAUUCUGAAAAGGUUGGACUAGUAUUACAAUAGAUGGAUAUUUCUAUUUCUAGAACUCUGACAUCAUCAUUUGUUAAUAUUCUAUUUAAUGAUUCCUGGAACUGCCAUUCCAAAGAAGAAUAAAAGCACAACUUAAGUGAAAUCGAUGUAGUCGGUAACAAUCAGAAAAGAUGAAAAAAAAACCACCCAUAUGUGACCAAUAGUACAUAUUUCUAGCUAGAAUGUUAACAUUCUUUUUUCUCACUGUUUACCCAUUUGUAGGAGGGAUGAAAGGGUACAGAGAGCACAUUCCUCUAAUCUUCAGACUUUGGGCUGUCUCUUGAUGAAGAGAAGGUAUUUUUCCACUCUGUAGAAAAGGGACUGUUUUUCUGUGGACUGAAGAAGUCACAGAACUGUGUAAGAAAAUCUUUGCUAUUGUGUGGAGAUAAACUGCUGCAUUUCUCUUUAUUAAGUGUUGGUCUGUCUGUCCGUGUAACAGAACAAAGGAUCCAUGUGGAAAAUGUGUGCUCCCGUCACCUUACAUGGUAUCCCUGGGAGCAUUUAGGGAAUCAGCACCUUCCAUAACUCGGUGACGGAGUAGGUGGGUGUUAAAGUAUAGAGGGAGAUAAAAAUGUACUGGGGACUGGGAAGUACAUUUAUUCCUCCAGAAGCAGAGUUGCCAAAUAAACAUACAGAUGUGUACUUUGAUCUCCAGCAGUCAGUGGAUUGGUUCAAAAGCAAAGUUUUGUGCAAACACGUGCUGAGAGUACACCCGUGAGUGACUAGACUUCGCUGCUGCCGCACAAACUCGUGUCUUCUCAGCAGCAGCAGAGAUGUCAGGCAAAGAAAAUAAAAGUUCUAAAGUCACAAGAAAUGCCCAGUGGAAUUUAUUAGUGCUAUCAGGACAUAGAUAGUUUGAAUGUUUUUUAUUACUUAUGCAAAAUUGCACAUAUUCCUUUAUGCUGACUUUAAUUUAUCAUGAAAGCUGUCAUGCUAAUGGAAAAUAUCUUAUAUGUAAAUAAGUAUUCAUAAUUUUGUUACUGAUGGUGUUUUUAUCUAGAAUUUGAAAACCCUGUUUUCGCAGUGUACAUAUAUAUGUAUAUAUUGCCAGUAGUCGAAGGAGGGGCAGGAAUAUGCUGAACGAAGCCACAAAGCACUGGCUUUGACUCAGAUACCACAGAGUAGAUCCUUCUUCCUGCCUUUUACUGUGCCAGUGCCUAGGCUCUUUAGUGCAGAAAAAUUUAAUUUUAGACAACAUGACAGCCUUUCCUUUAUGUUCUAAGUGGUCAAAUGAAAGCAGUCAUAUCUUAGAUCAGGUAGGAGCCAGCAAACUCUGGCCCAUGAGCUAGAUCCAGCCUGUCACCUGUUUUUGUACAGCCUAUGAGCUAAGAAUGGUUUUCACAUUUUUGAAUGGUUGCUGGGAUGGGGCGGGGAGCGGGGGGGAUACGGGAAGGGGGGAAUCAAAGGAAUAACAUGUUGUGACAUGUGAAAAUUGUAGGACACUCAAAUCUCAGCAUCCAUAAAGUUUUAUUGGGACACAGCCACACUCGUUUGCUUACGUAUCGCCUGUGGCUGCUUCAUGCUACAGAGGCAGAGUUGAGUUAUUCUGACAGAACUGUAUGGCCCAAAAGGCCUAAAAUAUUUACUGUCUGGCCCUUAACAGGGGGGAAAAAAAUUGUCGUCCCUGACUUACUAGAGCUGAAAGCCACUCUGCACCAUCGUCCUAAAGACAAACCCACAGCUGCGACUACCACUAGAGGGGGCUCGGGGACUGCACAGUAGUGCACAGUCAGGCCGGCGGGGUUUACCUCUUUGGAGCCUUAGAGAAGACUUCUCAUAUAGGACGAUUCCGACUCCACUGCAUUACCAUUCUUUCUUAACAGAAGGAGAGUGGCUUCGGAAGCAAAACUGAACCAGUCCACCAAAACACCAAGAAUUAAGUAAAUGGGAUUUGAAUCUGGAGUCAGGUCUCUCGGGAAUUGUGUUCCAUUCAUUUUUAAGGCACAGCCUUAUAUGAUGUAGGUUUUCAGGUGAUUGCAGACUUGCCAGUCAGUAAUUUUAUCACAAGCUCACGUCGUGAUAAAACUGGCACUUUUCCUUUAUUUGUUUACAUAAUUCCAGUUGUUAUAGAAUUCAGAUGCUUUUAAUACAGUAAUUAAUAAAUAGCAUAUUUUCCUCUUUAAAAGGCCUCUUUAUAAUUUAGAUUACCAAUGAACAUUUCAAAAUUGAAAACUGAUAAAACUACUUGUGUUUAUAAAGUAGUUACUAGAAUUAAAUUUCACUGCAUUAUACAGUGUCUUAGAGAUUCAAAAAAACAUUGUCCUUCAUCUUUGUCAACAAUGGAAAUGCUCUAUUCCAUGAGAUGUCUUUCCCUCCCCAUCCCCUCCUUUUUUUUGCCAAGAUGGCAUUUAGUAAAAUUUAAAAGAACAGAGGUGGCAUAAUCCGAGAGUCAACCAGAAUUUAGGCUGAAAAUACACUUCAGCAAUCCAGUACCUUCCCCCUAAAUUACAAAAGGACCUUUUCCAAACACAUACUGCAAAUGGCAGACACUUUAACACAGACAUAGAGGAUUGAUUAUGCUCCAUUUUCUAACAUGAAGAACCCCAGUAAUUGCACAAACCCAUCUCUGAGACCUCAAGCUCCUCACUUUAAUUCUCUUCCUGCCUCAUUUGACCUAAUUAUCAGCAUACUUUUUACCCAUGUUAAUUUUCCAAGGAAAUAAGCUAACCAUGUAAAGGGGUGAAUUUCAACCAUUCAAAAUACCGCAUCUGGCUUUUUCCUACAAGCUCAUGCAUAUGCCUACUACAAAAAAAGUCAGAUCAACAGGAAGUAAAAAAAUAAUUUUUUCCUGAUAUGUUUCUGAAGACAGUGUAUUGCUUGGUGUUUAGUAUCUUUCUUUUAAAACUGAUUGAUCUCCAAUCCAGUUUCAUCUGCAUUACUAACUAGAACCUGUUUACUGUGGCACAUUUUCCAAGUUUGAUAGAAAGAUGUCAAGUGUUGUAGGAUACAGAAUUUCUUGCUUACAAGCACUGUACCAGGCUUUUAAAAAAUGAAUUUAUACAAGCAUGGACAUUAGUUUCAAUAAACUUUUGUUUUGAUAUUCA